GUAACAGAAAAUAGAAAGAGUUAACAAAACCAAAAACUAGUUUUUCAAAAAAUGGUGAAGAUCGAAGUUGGAAGUGUGGGUGACUCAUUCAGUGUAUCAUCUCUAAAAGCUUACUUGUCUGAGUUUAUCGCAACUCUUCUCUUCGUAUUCGCCGGUGUUGGCUCUGCUAUAGCGUUUGACAAACUAACCUCUGAUGGAGCCUUAGACACGGCUGGUCUUGUAGCGAUUGCGAUUGCUCACGCGUUUGCUCUUUUUGUUGGAGUUUCCAUUGCGGCUAAUAUAUGCGGUGGUCACCUUAACCCAGCAGUGACUCUUGGCCUUGCCAUCGGCGGAAACAUAACACUCAUCACAGGUUUCUUCUACUGGAUUGCUCAGUGUCUUGGCUCCAUCGUCGCUUGUCUUCUCCUCGUCUUUGUUACCAAUGGAAAGGUACGUAUAGUAGUAGGCAUAGGAGUGGCUUUAUUCUAGUUUCUCCGGUUUGGAUCAUGAAUAUAUAUCAGCUUUGUAGGCAGUAUCGGCUCUAACAUUUUGAAGGCCACAAGCUUAAAAAAAAAGGGCUAAUUCUUCCCAAAAAAUUUUUUAAAGCAUUUCUACAAUUGUGAUAAUUGAACCCUCAACCUCACAUUCCUCCAUCAAGCAUUUAACCAGUUGAGCUAUAAGAGAGUUUUUGAAAAAAGAGGGCCGAUAUAUUAAUAACUACAUCCGGGGCCGCAAGCACAUGCUUCCCUAGCUUGUGGCUAGGGCCGGCUCUGUUUGUAGGUUACCGUAUUUAGGUUUUUAUUUUUUUUGGUUGGUUUUACGUACGUUAUUUAGUAGAAUUUUUACCGAUAUAGAACAUAUAUUUUCCAGGUUUGAUUUGAUAACUCUUAUGAGUUGGGUUUAUUAGGUGGAAAAUAACCAGAGAGAUAUAUUGUUGUUUUCCGGUUCCCUUUGGUUUGAAUCAUAACUUUCGGUUUGAUUUGGUAAAUCAUUUCUAACAAAUUUAUGAUGGGUUAUUGGUUCAUGGAUUUAUAAGGAUUUGGAAAUUCAUAAAAAUUAUUUGUUAUUCAAUCAUUGAUUUUAAAAUCCUAACUAAAAUCAUGUGAUAUUGGUUCCAUAAUUUAUAAAUAUUAGUUAAAAUCCUAUGUUAUUCGUUUUGUCAUUUGCUUUUAGAUUUCAAAAUUCAAAUUAUAUUUUAAAUGGAUUUGAAAGAAAAAAAAAAUAGAAGGAUUCAAAUCCAUAGAUAAACACAUGUUAUUUCAAAAUUCAUAUGUCUUGAUUUCAUUAUUAAUAAGAUUUUCAAAUCCUAUUUGGAUUUACAAAUCAAUAAACCAAUAACACAGUAAAUUAUCUAUGUUAAUCAAAAUUAUGAAUUUCAGUUUAUUUGGUUAGACAAGAAAAGUUUUACCAAAUUCGGUUUGAUCAGUAAGAAAAAAUUAAAUAGUAAAGUUUUGGUUUCACUCGGUUUAGUUUAUAUGACAAAAAUAUUAAAGAAAUUUUCACGUUUGGGUUAAAAAAAAGAUUUUGUCUCACAGUUUGGCAAAGUGAGAUUUCAUUCUCAUGUUUUGACAGUUACAACAUUUUAUGACGAAAAUGUCCCUAACGAAUUAAACCAAACCGCACAGUUACUGACCGGUUUAGUUUCUUUUGAUUUUUGUUGCGGUUUAAAAAAAAAAAAAAAAA